AAUUUUGUUUACUAAACAAUUGAAUACUAAAUUUAAUAUUUUGGCAAUUGCGCAUUACAAAAAAACAUAAACAAAACAGAGUAUAAUUUUGCAAAAAUGAAAUAAAACACAAAAGAAACGUCAGAAACUACCCUUUUGGAAAAAGAGGAAAAGAAAAGACAACUACUCCACCAAGGUAGAGAUUUUUUUGUACCAACCAAAGCAAAUUGGAGAGCAAACAUUUAACAAAGAAAAGUUGUUGAAAGCAGACGGUUUUUAUUCAUAGUCAUAGAAAUAAAUUCAUAAAUUGACAAAAAAUUAACAUUAUUUAGCUAAAAAAGAAAAUAUAAAAAAGUGUAUUUUUAAAAUGUUAAAAUAUUUAUAAAAAACUAAAAUUAAAUCCAAACAAAUAAUAAUGUGGUGGUGAUAACUAACAAAGACAAAAGGCGACAAUUCCUAAGGUGUCCACUACAAAAUUCUAAAGUUUUUUUUUGGAAAGUUUUUUUUUUCUCUAUAACCACAAUAAACCUCAAGUUUUGGUAACAAUUUUAAGUCCCUUACGGUUUAGGAAUAGAAGACACAGCUAUAACAUGUCCUUGGCCAGUGCAGCAGGAGUCUUACUUAAGCCUCAAACGCCUCUACAGCAAUUGUUGGAAGACAUUAAUUUUCAACGCAACAAAGAAAUGAGACAAUUGCUCAAAGAUGACAGUGGUUUUGUUGUUUUACAAGGCACCACCUAUUGGACAGAUCUAUUUGUACGACAUUUUCUAUUUCAAUCGGAACCGGUGCAUAGUAUUGAUUCGGAUGAUUUAUUAUUUUUUGUACGUAAGAAACAUGUGAAAAGUUCUUCCCGACAUAUGCCAAAAUAUGAGACUGAGGUCGAUGUUUUUCGCAAAGAUUCCCGUAAACUACCCAUUGGUGAUCCCGAUGUUGAUUGGGAAGAAACUGUUUAUCUCAAUAUGAUCAUACAUCAAUUUGAUUACACUCUCACUCUGGCCAUAUGUACAAGAACUUCGCCAAAAGAAUUGCAAGUAUUAAGACGUCAUUCGCAGCGUGUUUAUGCUAGUCCAAGUAGAAGAAAAAUGGAUACCAAAGGAGAGGGUGAGGAAAUAACAUAUCCUCAUAUCUGUUUUAUGGUGGAUAAUUUUGAUGAGGUUUUUAGCGAUAUUUUAGUAAGAGAUGGUGAAAUGGUUUGUGUAGAAUUGGUGGCCAAUGAUAAAGAUGGUGCUGUUCAGGGUGUUAUAUUUUUAGGUUCCAUACGUUAUGAUGCUUUAAAGAAAGUUUAUGAUGCCCGGCAAUCCAGCUUAAGCUCAAAAGUAGCACAACGCAUGUCUUUCGGCUUGUUUAGCAGUGGCGCGGGAGUUCAAACACGCUGUGAAUUUGUUAGAAUGAAGGGACCUCAGGGCAAGGGUCAUGCGGAAAUGGCAGUAACCAAACCUAAAGGCUCUGGAGUUGAAACACCCACCAGUGAACCCGGUUUUUGUGCCACUGAUAUGUGGGACGAUUGGGAAGAGGAAAACGAUGAUUAUUGCACCUAUCGCCAUCAACGUCGUCUUAGUGAUCCCAGUGCUAACCUCAAUAAUUUCUCACGUUAUGCUUGGCGUACAAAAAAUUCUUCCGAUACCGCUUCUGGUUCUGCUGGCUCUAAGGCUCGUUCUGAAAAUGAGGGCCUAGACUCGUUAGCCAAUGAAGUUUCCGAAAUUGAAGCUGGUGAUUUAAGAGAUGAUCUGCGUCCUGCUUUCUCGGCAUCCGAGGCAAAAAUACAUACAAAUCCAAAUUGUGAAGAGCUUAAAAUCUUAUUAGACAAACAAGACACAACCAUCACCACCACCACCACCACCACCACCACCACUAUAACUGCUAUAGCUACUAAAACAGAAGCACAUGAUGCGAAAAAUGAACAUGAUCAAGAAAAUUCACCAAUUAAAGAAACCACCUCUCUACUGGAGCAGAGUGGCAUACAAGAUGCCAUUGAAGCGACCAAUGAAGCCGUUAUUGUAACAUCUCCCUCAUCGGUGAAUGGCAAAACUACAGGGUGUGGAGGUAACUGCUUUAAAACGGGCAAGAAAUGUAAGAAACGUUGGAUCUCUAACAAUUCCGAUAAGAAUACCCCACAAAUGUCGGAAAUCUAUUGUCCUACAUGUGAAGAUUUUGCCAAUGAAACGCCGGCCUGUUUGAAUAAAAUGCCGGAUAAGAAAUCGAAAUUAAAGCCAAAAACUAUACUAAGUGUGGAAAGUGAGUUGGUGGUAACGAAACGGGGUAGUCUGAAAUUUACAGAUAAGAAACCCAGCUCUACUAUAGGUAGAAGUUCUUCUCUCACGACAGCAGAUCGUAGAUUAAAGAAACCGGAAAUUAUAUUAAAUAAAAAAGAUAAAACUAAAGCCAAAGACAAGGAAGAGAAAACAAAAGAGUCCAAUAAAGAGAUCAAAGAGAAAGUAAAAGAAAGAACUGCCAAAACAAGUCUCUUAGCUAAAGUAUCACCCAAAAAGUUAAGAAACCAAAAGGCUCUUAGUAACAGUAAUAACACUAAUGAGAAAACUAAAACAGCAGCUAAAAACAAAAAGGAAAAUAUCAAUAAUAAUCCGGAAACGAAAAUAACUAAAACAAACAAAAAACCCGAAGAACCAAGAAAAGACUCAAAUGAUUCUUGUCAAGAAUAUGAAAUAGCAGAUGAUGCUAUAUCUCUAAAUGGUGGCGGGGAUAUAACACAGGUUUCCGAAGGUGUAGCUAAAAUGGUAAUACUAACCGAAACGGACUCUAUGAUUACAGUUAGAGGCAAAGAAGAAUUACCGGUAGUAGAACAAACACCCAAUAGCGCACAAUCCUCGCCCAUACCUCUAUCACCCUCCUCCAAUUCGAAUUCCAAUGAUAGUGAAGCCAUCAAACCACAAACCACUACAAUGUAUCAAUUUGAAAAAUGUGUUCGUGUACCUGUAACCGCAGACAGCCAUCCAUUGCAACCAAUAAAUAAUACUGAUUCAGAAACUGAAACCUCUAAAAAUGAUAAUAAUUCCUCAUUACAUAACCCAAACUUGAAUGCUGGCCAAACAACUGACGAACUGACCACCAGAUCAUCACCUCACUCUAGACCAGCCUCGUUAAAUGAUUGUAAUGGUAAUUGUAAUAAUAAUUCUGCCUCGUGUAGCACUUCACCCUUAUCACCGCCCUCGGCGGAAGCUGAAGAUUUACAACAAUCUGCCAAUUUUGCUUCAACAUUGCCACGUACUAAACGUACGGCCGCCAUGCAAGCAUUUUAUAAUCGUGCAAUUAAUUUAGUACCCAAAAGACGUACACCAGAUGGUACCACCAUUUACUAUUGGUGUGAUUUACCUAAGAAAUCAUUAAAAGAACUCGAUGAUGGUGCUUAUAAUCCCUUGUGGGCUAGUCGUGGUUUUGCCCAAUCAUUUCAUUUUUGGAAAGAAAACCGCCGCCAACAGUCAACUCCAUUAAAUGCAUUCCUUACUUAUGUUACACUGCCUUGGUGGAGUAUAGCUAAAGAUUUGUUGGAUCAUCGUGAAACACCCAUUUUAACUUUUUAGUAUUAAAUUAUUUUUUUUUGUGUUACUUUUCUAAUCGUGUGAGUUUAGGAACAUUUCGAAUGUGUGAAAAAUGUUCUUAAAUUUAUAGCGAUUUCGCAUUCCCUAUUAUUAUAAUGAUAUGUGUUUGCUGAACCUAUCUAUACCAAAAUUCUGUGUUUCGAUUUGUAAUUGAGAAUUUUAAAAAUAUUUUAACUAAUAAUUUAAAAUUAAUGAAAUACAAAGUUAAAUCUUGCCAUAAAGCGGAAACAUUAAAAGAUUCCAAUUAUAAUGAGGAUUUAUUAAUAUAAAACGAAAGUUGCUUUUAUGAAGCAGUGCUAUACUAUAUGUUGUUUUCGAAACACAGAAUUUAAUGGAAUUGUUUUAGACUUAAUAUCGAAUUCCUUGAAAGAAUUAACAAAAAGAUUUUAAAAGCAUAUUAUAAUUUAAAAAAGAGUUUAAAAUUAACCUUAACCAUUUCUUAAUUGAUCUUUUGCCACAUUUAUUCUAAAAUAUUUUAUAUUUUUUUAUUAUUUUUUAAGGUUAUCCAUUGUCUCGUAAUACGAAAAGUAAUUUUUUUCUCAAUAUUUUCUCUCUAAUUAACUUUCACUCAAUUUCGUUUU